UCCGGGGGGUCGCCGACCACGGCCCAACGACCCCGACCCGUUCUCCCCGAUCGCCGUGCCGAGCUCCCUCCGCGCCCUUCCCCCCUCUCCCCAUCCCCUAGCAGCUUCUACCAACUCCGGCCGCGCUCGUCACCAACCCAGGUCCGCCGCCACCCAUCUCCUCCUCCACAUCAGAUCCGCCGCUCCCACCUUCCGCCGCGCCGUUGACCACCUCCCUCCAACGACCUCGUCCAUCGCCGUGUCGCGGUGUCGCGCCGCCAGACCCCGCAGCCUGCCGCUGACCUCGGAUGGCCAAGGCCGCAUGCGUGGGCGCCGCCGGCGAACUCCUGGACGACCUCCUCCUCGUCGUCUUCGAGCACUUGCCGGGCGUCCAGGACCUCCUCCGCUGCGCAGCCACGUGCAAACAGUGGCUCUGCCUCAUCAAAGACCCGGUCUUCCUCCGACGCAUCGGCCUCUGGCCGGAGACAGCGCCGCACCCCUCGGUCCUCGUCGGCAUCUUCUACCAGAACGUAGCGGCUAGCGCGAUUCAGCCCGUGAGAAGGAUACCCGACAGUCCUCCCCAAUUCUUGAGCCUUCAGGCUGGCGGCGGCCAUCUCACCUUCGACUCCUUCGUCGCCAACGACGACGGGCUCUUCAACUUUGCAAGGCCACUGGCGUCACGCCGUGGUCUUCUCCUCGUGCGCAUCCUGCUGCCUACCCCGGCCGACCACCAACGCCGUGAGAAGCUCCAUCUUGCGGUGUGCCGCCCUCUGAUCGACAAGCGGGGUAGGCAUUUGCUCCCACCGCCUCCCUUCUUGGUAAACCAUGGAUUCAUCAACGGGCUCCGCCUAACUGGCUAUGCUCUUCUCACCGAUGAGGACCACCGUGCCAUUGAUGAUCUGGAUCAGCAACGACGGUCGUCGUUCCAAGUCGUCUUGACUUACACAGGCGCCAACAGAGUCAUGUAUGCCUGUGGGUACUCCUCUGCCACAGACAGUUGGAGCACGCCCAUCAAGUGCCACCAGGUUUCACACCUCUCCAGGUGUGGACCGUAUGCCGGCGUCGUCACCUGUGGCACCGUGCACUGGCUGUUCACAGACCAGAGAAGCUUCUACACACUCAAUGUAAGUGUCGCCACCGCACAUGUCUCAUUGACCAAGAUCCCCAUCAACGUCCAUGCUGGUGAGCAGCGGCGGCGAGUGCCGUUUCCAUGUGUCACCGGAGAAAGAAAGCUCUCUUUUGUGAGCAUACGAGAUGAUGGUGUGCUAGAGCUUUGGGCCAAGCAAGGGCAAGAUGACAAUGAUCAUGGCGGCGAGGCUGCUGCAGGAGGGUGGUUGCGCUCUGACCUGAUAAAUCUAGGAAGCGGUGAUAAAAUAAACCUUGUCUUCUUCGCGGAGAGGAGAGGUGCCAUGCUCGUCGAGCAGGGUGGUGCUUUCUUCACCAUUGAUCUCAAGAGCAAGGAAAAGGCGUUGGUCGAUCUCAAAGGCGAGGAAAUGGAGCAUGUCAGGGGCAUCUGCAGGUUUCCAAUGCAUCGCUGUAGUAGUAGUUGGUGUAGUGGAUUCCACUGCAGCUGGGGGAGGAUCAGUCCUUGCGCGUAUAACAAGCCUGUGCUGUACGAGGUGGAUUGGAUAAUUGAGGCAAGAUGAGGGCAGAUUGAGUCUGCAAUUUCUUAAAAACUUGUCCACACAGCAUGUUGGAUUUAAAGUUAUGAGUGCCAAUAAAUCGGAGGUGCUGGAAUAAACGCAUAAUAAUGCACUGGAAUGACAGCUGAUGUUUCUUUU